UUCUUGAAGUUUGUGGAUUUUUGUACGUGGGAAUUGGUCGAAAAAUUGUUUGUUAACAAAAUUUAUGAAAUUUGUGAAUGUGUGUUAAUAUUAAUGUACAUAAAAGUGCCACAGCAAAUUGAUUGAUUAAAUUACGAACUGUGGAACUAAAAAAAUGGUCGGGUUCUGUAAUGGGGAAAGUAUGAGAAGCCUCAAAUUAACGCAGAGUCUGAGGUUGCAUAUGCAACAAUAAUAAUAAUAUUGUGGCAAUCUAUUUAAAAUUUUUCUAUUAAAAAUUUGCGAUUGGAAAAACAUAUAAUAAAUUGAAUAAUUAAUGUGUAUUGAAGUGCAUUUAAAAAUUUUAUUUUUAUUAUUUGCACUUUUUUGUGUUGUGAUAUAUUUGGCGUUAAAAGGUCUCUGUGACGGUACACAGUCCAAUUCUUGUCUGUCUUCUUAACUGUAUGAUUUAAACAUAACAUUAAAAUUAACUGCUAGGAAUCUACCCAUUCUCAGAGAUUACAUGACUGUGGCACUAAAUAACUUCGUAUUGCGUGCCGUGCAAAACAAAAAAAGUACGUGCACAGUAGAAAGAAACUGCAUAAUUGUAACACUAUUAUCUAGAAUUGUGUUUUGGACUAUAAUUGCAACGCGCCAAUUUUAAAGGGACCAACUAUAACAUUCUGGCUGCCUCAAACGGAAAAUUCAAGAAACUUUUUGGAGACAUGGAUGAGGAAGAGGAAGAAGUAACUGAUAUCAAAUUACAAAUUUUUCAUAACAAUCUUCGCGAAAAUAUUAUAUUUCUACUGCUUUUAAUGUUGCUGUAUCUUGCCUCCUAUGCGCUGAUAACGCGCUUUCGCCGGAAAGAUCGUGAAGAUCUGUUUUCCACGGAUGAAGAUGAAGUGCUCGUCUAUCGUAUAAGCUCUUGGCUGUGUACAUUUUCUAUGGCGAUCGCUGUUGGCGCCGCCCUUCUGCUCCCGAUUUCAAUAGCAAGCAAUGAGGUUCUGUUGCUGUACCCUAACAGCUAUUAUGUAAAAUGGCUCAAUAGUUCUUUGAUACAAGGUCUUUGGAAUCAUAUAUUUUUAUUUUCCAAUCUCUCCUUAUUUGUAUUUUUGCCAUUUGCGUAUCUCUUUACGGAAUCUACUGGUUUCGUUGGGCAUAAAAAGGGUAUAAUUGCGCGCGCUUAUGAAACAUUUACAGUAUUUAGCCUCUUAGCCACGGUGGUUUUAGGCAUUACUUAUGUACUCUCUGCUGUUAUGGAUCCAGAUAGAAUCGGAUUUUUAUCACUGCUAAAUUUAGGCAGUGUGCAUUUACCAUUUUUAUAUUCGUGUGUAUCAUUUUUGGGAGUGCUAUUAUUACUCGUUUGCACACCGCUUGGUUUCGUUCGCCUCUUUGGAGUUGUGGGACAAGUACUUGUGAAGCCACAUUUACUUCGCGACGUAAAUGAAGAAUACCAAGUGUUUUACAUGGAAAUCGCCAGUUUAAAGCGCAAAAUUGCGAACAUUGAACUACUAAAUAUUAGUAUCAGCAGCAACGGCGGCGCCGGCAGUUUACACAACGAUUAUAGCAGUGGUUAUACAAAUGUUGGUGGAUAUUAUCCUCAUACGUCGUUGGGGCAUCUUUAUCAACGAAAACCUUUGGAAAAUCACCAAACCGAGCAACAGAAGCUCAAACAAAGACUGAGAGAAUUGGAGUCUGAAAGUAGAGAGUUGGAGAAAUUACGCAAGUCAUCGGCGUUUCAACGAAAUUUCGUUUAUCCUCUGGCAAUGUUGUUGUUGCUCUUUUUCACCGGUAUAACUGUUUUGCUGGUAGUCCAAAAUACAUUAGAGUUGCUAAUUGGAAUCAAAGCAUUACCGCUAAGCACUCGGCAAUUUACGCUUGGCAUCACUUCGCUAUCGAAGAUGGGACCCUUUGGAGCAGGUUUAGAAGUGUGUUUAAUUUUCUAUUUAGGUGCGACUUCUGUUGUUGGCUUUUAUACCAUGCCUUUUAUGCGCAAUGUUUGUCCACAAAAACGAAAGACUUCUCUCGCACAACUAAUACUUAAUUGUGCGCUAGUUUUAAUAUUAAGUUCAGCACUGCCGUUGCUCAGUAGAAUUAUUGGCAUUACAAAUUUCGAUCUAUUGGGGGAUUUUGGUGCUAUCGAGUGGUUAGGCAAUUUUCAAAUUGUUUUACUUUAUAAUUUAGUCUUUGGCACCACGACAGCGCUUUGCUUGGUGAAUAAAUUUACAGCAGCUGUGCGUCAGGAAUUGUGUGCGCGGUUAGUUGAGAACUAUGUAAUCUUCACUAAUUAUAUGUCAUUUAUCAAUUGAUAUGCAUCUGAAGGAGACGGCAUAAAAUCUCUGCCCUUGAAAUAAAUUACUUUUAUUUAGAUUUUGUAGAGGUUUUGUGUCGUUGUUACUAACUAAGCAGAAGACGUGAUAAACUUUUGUUUCAGAGCUUACAAUUUAUUUACAAUAAUUUCAGUUCAUUUCUACCAUCAUAAUAUUAUUCCUUUUAUAUAUUUUCAUUCAAUUACCAUACGAAUAUUAUGUGAAGAGUGAAAGGAGAGUUAAAUUAUUAGGAAAUAACGCCUAAGGUGUAAAACUGUAAUUCAGCAAAGAAGUUUUUUUACUGAUAUGACAAUUACUAUAUUCUAUAUUAUUUUAAAACGAUUUCGAUGCACAGACGAAUAAUCGUUAUUAUUUGAAAAUUAUUUAAACUUAAUUCCGAAAUUAUGCGGGGUGUGAAUAUUGUAUACCACCAAACGGGUGUGUAUAAGUUUCUAUUAAAUAAAUUAUUAUGUAUAAUUUGGGAAUGAAAUUGGUUGUAUUUAAAAUGGACAUGUUAAAGAAAGUAUAAAAUGUCCUAAAGUGCGUGACACGUAACAUUUGAAAUUAUAAACAAUCUUAAUAGA